AUACCACGUGCUCAUUGCUUGGCUAAUGGCUGUUGGAGGAAGUGCUCAGUGCUGAAAAGGUAAACCCCGACCGAGGGGAAGCCCACCGCACAAAGAUUGAACAACUGUUGCGCUAACUUGUCAAAUGAACUAAGGUCUUGAUGCGGCUAUAAAAUCGGCUAUAGAUUCACGCUAUAUUUUUCUCGAGAAGUCUCUCCGGUUGCUGCCAGUGAUGCUUCCUAGUCCUAUGACUUCUACGCCGUUCUCUGUUAAGGACAUUCUCAAGUUGGAGCAACAGAACUCCCACCACGCUUUCCAUCAGCAAGGAUUUUUCCUUCCAGACCAGGAUGUCCCACCCAUUCAGUCUUCGCAGUGCAUGCAGCAAAGCAUGGAGGUUCUGUACAGUCCGGAGAAGCCGCCGUGCACGCCGGCCGGACAAGCAAAAUUCCCCGUAAAGUCGGACAGCUUUGACAUCCUGAGGGGGCCUUGCAGCUCCCCGCUGGAAGAGAGUGAUCCGAGCGACGACCCAGGGACCUGUGUGCACGGCGACUCGCCGGACUGUAACAAGAAGAGCGACGAUAUUUUCUCGGACCGACCGAAGCAGAGACAGCGCAGGAAGCCGCGGGUCCUCUUUUCUCAGACGCAGGUGUUCGAGCUGGAGCGUCGCUUCAAGCAGCAGCGGUACCUGUCUGCGCCUGAACGCGACCACCUCGCCGGCGUCCUCAAGCUCACCUCCACCCAAGUUAAAAUCUGGUUCCAGAACCGGAGAUAUAAGUGUAAGCGACAGAGACAAGAUAAGUCCCUUGAAUUAGCUGGACAUCCUCCCCCACCACGAAGGGUGGCAGUGCCGGUGCUCGUGCGGGAUGGCAAACCUUGCCUUACGGGAUCCCAGACAUAUAACCCCCCAUACAACGUAACAGUUGGCACUUAUCAGUACAACACCUAUUAUGGCGGCUACGGCAAUAAUCCGUACAGUUGCAGUUACCCAGGGGUGCCAGCCGGCCCUAGUGCCACACAAGCCAGCGGCCACAUCGUGAAUAUGAAUCUCGGCAUGGGCAACGCGGAUGGAAGCUUGAGCCAACAGGGACACUUUCAGGCAACAUUACAAGGAAUUAGAGCGUGGUGAAAACUAACAAGUGGAGCUCUCGUGACCCCUUUUUAGAAGAACAUACGAAAUGACAAUUAAGCAACAGCACACCCAAAGUCAAUUUUACUGAGCUGUUUUUUUUUUUGUUUUGGAUUUAACAAAUCCUGGCUGUGUCUAAAGAGUAAACAAAAAUGGGGAUAAGUUUAUAUAUUUUUUUUUGUAAAAUAUGUCCAUUAUUUUCAAACAGUAUGUGAUUUUAUACUUUUGUAUUUAGGCAAUGGAAUGAUAGAAUAAAGGCGAAUGUGUUGUUUCUUACUUGAACCGUUUGUUUUUUAGUCAAGAUUCCGUAUGGUGUUUCUGAGCACAAAAUCAUUGUGAAUGUUUGUAGUAUUAAAAUUUAAAACUACGAAGCACCAUAUUUGUAUUUUAGAAGGGAACAUACAUCGAGUAAAUAAACGCUUAAUAAAUGAAGCAGAACAAACCCAUAUCAUUAAAAGGAGUUUGUGUAAUCAAGUACACUCUUAUUUUUUUAAUUUAAACUAGCCUAAAUGCUUUAUAAGUAAUUAUUUUUUUCACGUCAGUUGUAAAUUGACGACGGGAUGUUUCAAUUUCCACCGGAAAUUAUGGAUUAUGGCA